UUAACUCCUCAACAACUUCCCAUCCUUCCAACCUCCAUUAUCUUCUCUCCGCCUCCCCCCCUCCCCUUCAACCGCAAUUCUCUUUAUCCUCCUCCAUCCCCUCCUCCUCUUCUAUCUUCUCUAAUCUUUUUCUUCUAUCCGAUCUUUUCUCCUCCUUACCCCCGUUUCUCCCCCCACACGGACACGUCGCCUGUGCCACAGCGCCGAUUCCCGUACUUUCUUCCUUAACAUGCUUAUCGGUCGCUAAACACUCUGCCACGCCCUCCCCGGCUGGCUGCUACAGCUUAAUUCGGGAAUUUUUUCUUCUUCUAUUCGUCUCUUGUCAUUGAUCGGUCUACUCUCUACCUCCGUGGCGCCCUCCCUCUCCCUCACUCGGUCUUGACGGCUCAAUUAAGUCUCCGACAAAUCUCGACACGCAGACCUCACGUCACACACUCGCUCUCUUACCUACUCUCCUUCACCUACCAGAGCCAUAUCGAACAUGCCCUCCUUUACCAACGACGUCCCGUAUCAGUCUUCUACGGCUACCACUACGCAUCCUCGCUCCUUCGAUUCGCCCCAGGGAAAACCACAUGAUAAAGCCCCCGUGGGUAACACCUUUCUGUGGACGAACUGGCCCAAUGGCGACUCAAACCAUCUUGAUGCCCCUCCUCCCGACCACCAGGUCCUCACCAACCUGAAGAAUGGUAGUGCCUAUUCCCUGAACGGUCCCCGAUCGAGCAUGAGUUCCUACACUCGAGAACCGCCGCAAUCUAAAGACGGAAGUAUGCAUUCGUUAGGGAACGGAUCGGCUCGAGAUCUGCGAGAAAGUGGAAGGCCCUCGACUACGUUGGAUAGGGAUGUUACUCGCAAGUCUAUUGAUGCUGGCGCUGGCGCUGGCUCAGCGACUGCUUCCAUCUCCAGCCAACAGGUCAAUGGCACGUCAUUGUACAACCGGUCAGUCAACGGGAAACCCAUGGUCAAUGGGGAUCACCACCGUCUAUCAGUCGAUGAAAUCGCGUCUUUGGACUCGGCUGCCAACGCACCGGGACAAUACCUGUCGACCUCUCAGCCAGAGGAAUCUGGCCAUCUUUCUCCGGACACCGACCGAUUAUCCCCUGUCCAAGGGGGGGCCCAUCGCUAUUCGUCUCCCCCUUUACCCUCGGGCAUCGACACACAAGAUUCGUCAAGUCUCCGACAACGACAUACCCUUCAAGUCCCGAGAACGACGAGUGGUCGUCGGAGCAGUCGCGAUCAAUCCGAGGAUGCGUACAGCACCGGUCGGUUAUCUCCGACCACAGGCAAUCGACGCACAUCGAUGAGCUUGACAAAACGGCCCACGAGGACUAACCAGUCGGACUCUCUCAUCGAUGAUGCCAAUCCUGAUGAUGAUUCUGCAGCCCGAUUUGCGGAGGCCAUAAAGCAGCGGAGAGCUUCGAAGAGAAGGCGUCGCGACGAGGACGACGAAGAUCGUGUCAUUGUUGGAACAAAGGUGGAUCAGAACCAUGUGAACUGGGUCACUGCCUAUAACAUGCUUACAGGCAUUCGGUUCACUGUGUCGAGGAUUAAUGCGAAGAUGCCCCGGGAGCUCACACCCGCAGAUUUCGAAGCCAAACACAAAUUCUCCUUUGAUAUUACUGGUAACGAGUUGACACCGUCUGCCAAGUACGACUUCAAAUUCAAGGACUAUGCACCCUGGGUUUUCCGACAUUUGCGAACCAAAUUCCGACUUGACCCCGCCGAUUACCUGAUGUCCCUUACGAGCAAGUAUAUCCUUUCGGAACUGGGGUCGCCAGGAAAAAGUGGCAGUUUCUUCUACUUUUCGCGAGAUUACAAGUACAUCAUCAAGACCAUCCAUCACUCCGAACACAAGUUGCUGCGCAAGAUUCUACCCGAGUACUACAAGCAUGUCGAGAAAAACCCAAACACGUUGAUAUCGCAAUUCUACGGUCUUCAUCGCGUCAAGAUGGCAUAUGGCCGUAAGAUUCACUUUGUUGUCAUGAACAACCUAUUUCCACCCCACCGCGAUAUCCACCAGACCUUUGACCUUAAGGGUUCUACUAUUGGCCGGGACUUGCACGAGGCAGACCUUGAAAAGAACCCGAGGGCAACCUUGAAGGAUUUGAACUGGGUUCGCCGAGAUCGACACUUGCAGUGUGGACCAUCAAAGCGAGAGUUCUUUAUUGAACAACUCAAGCGCGAUGUCGAGCUAUUGAAGAGACUCAAGAUCAUGGACUACUCUCUCUUGGUGGGUAUCCACGAUUCUGAAAGGGGAAAUGAGGAGAAGCUUCGUGACAAAACACUGCAAGUUUUCUCACCCGGAGGUGACCGAGAGGAGGAGAACAACCCGAACAUGCUUAUGCGCACACCCUCGAAGAUGGAGAACGAGCGCAAAGCCCGCGAGCUUCGGCAGCUCAUAAAACGAGAGCGACCGGUGCCCCUCGACAAAGCCACCGCAAAAAUGCCUGAGGAGAUAUUGGACGAGAGAAAGUAUCACGUCUUUUAUUCCGACGAUGGAGGGUUCCGAGCCACCCAUGAGAAUGGGCAGGCAGGAGAAGAGAUCUAUUAUCUCGGUAUAAUUGACUGCCUGACACACUAUGGGACGGUGAAACGAAUAGAAAACUUUUUCAAGGGACUUUCCAAUGAUAAAACCCAAAUUUCGCCCGUCCCGCCUGAAAGCUACGGAGAUCGCUUUAUCCAUUUCAUCAAAGGAAUCACCAUGUCCAAAGAGGAAGUAGAACGACAUCGAGAGUCUCGAGCAAUGGGCAGAGAAUCCGCGGAACGGUCCUCAUCCGUCGAAAGAACGAUGCAGGCAGCGGAAAAGGAGGCAUCCAAAGACGUAUCGAUUACACACCCGCGGACAUUAUCAACCGUCCGAGACCCAGCAGACGCAAAUGGCUCCGGCCCUACUUCGACUCUACCAAUCGUAGAUGAGGCGGGUGAAGCUAGCAGCGUGGGAGGGCACAGUCAACAUAGCCGACGAGGCCCUCCGGUUCCAGAGAAAGAUCUUCCGGCACUUCCCCAUGAAAAUGGCCAUGGUCCACGACAGAGUGAAAAAGGGAAGGAGAUAGCUCAGGACGACCGGAGAUUCUCCUGGGUCCAGCAAUGAUCCCCUUAAUUAUACGAACCUCAACGCUUACUAGGGUGCCGUUUCCUGGUUGAUUUUCUUUCAUGAUUCCCCAUUCGCAAUUGACACCGCAUCGUUUCCUAUCAUAUCCGGGCGCUACGCAUUUCUUUUCCUUCCCCUCAGCAUGGUCUGCGCAACGUAUCUUCUGUUUUCGAGUUAGCCAGAAGGCACUCCUGCAGAGAGUGCUCAUGUUACUAUGAUUGACGUGCGUUUCCUUUUACUGCUGGGCGCUGCUCGCCCACUCAACUGGACAGCUCUUGUCCGCUUGAUAUUCCCACAACCUUCUUUUUUUUUUUUUUUUUUUUU